GGUUCAAGGUGAGUUUCGAGAUCGAUUUCGACCACCCGGUGUUCCACAACCGGACCCAGAGUGCCAGCGUGGACUUUUCCAGCACCUCGUUCGUGAAGGAACGUGAAAAACGCCAUCGUCGUGGACAAGGAUGGCGUGCUCAACGAGACGGCCUUCGCUACGAAGACGAAUUCGUCAAGCACAAGAUCCUCGAUGCGAUUGGCGACCUCUACCUGCUGGGCAACAGCCUGAUCGGCGAGUUCAAGGGCUACAAGUCCGGACACGCGCUGAACAAUCAGCUGCUGCGCAAGCUGAUCGAGAAACCGAUGCGUGGGAAGUGGUGA